ACCACCUGCCACCGUGGGUCCUCGGUCCAGCAACCCCGUCGUCGAAUCUUGCACCCAGGUCUUUAUUGUCAGAAGACAAUUCCGUUGAGCUUCCUGUCUGCUUAUUUUCCAUUUUUGUAAAACAUGGCAUCAGUGAAGGCAACAUUUACGAUUCUCUUGACAGUGGCGACGACGGGCGUAAUAGCUUCACGAGAUAUACCCGAGUUCCUGCAUGUUUGCCAAACGAGCGAUCCGCAUUACGAGGAAUGUAUCAGAGAGAGCAUAGAACAUAUGAAGCCGUACCUUAAGACAGGUGUACCAGAAUACAAUAUUCCAUCAUUGGAGCCUCUCAUACUAAAAAAAUUAACGUUUGCUCCAACAAGUAGUUUACAAUUGGAGGCAUCUGAAAUCGUGACACGUGGUGCUAGUAACUUUAUAAUUAAAAAAGCGAAAAUCGAUUUAGACACUUUGAUCGUUCUUGUGGAUGUGGAACUGCCAAAUAUUCAAGUUGAAGGGAUAUAUGGAAUCGACGGCAAGUUACUGUUACUUCCGAUUCGCGGAUCCGGCCCGAUUCAUGGCAAUUUUUCAAAUUGCAUAGGCGCUUGCAAAAUACAGAUUGAAAAAUAUCUCGACGAGGACGGCGAAGAGAAGAUGCGCAUCAAGGACUUCAAAUUGAAAAUCUCAGUAGGAAAAGGAAUGAUAAAGCUAGAUAAUCUAUUUGGUGGCGAACAAGCCCUUGGAGAUGUCAUUAAUUUGGCUAUCAACAACAAUUUCGAUAUCUUCCUGAAGGAGCUUUCGCCGCAAAUAGAAAAGGGACUAUCUGAUUCAUUUCAGGAUAUUGCUAGCAGUAUCAUUCAACAGUUUACAUUCGCACAACUCUUCCCCGGCGCAUAAAUCGACCAAUAGUGAUCGGGCGGGCUGGAAAACAUAAAUUAAAUUUUUUGCUAAAUUACAAAAUAAGCAAUAGAGUGAAUCAGGAAAAUUUAUUGCUGUUUUUCACUAUAUUGAAUCUACCUUCCUAAGUUUUUUAAAAUUUUAUAACACAAGGAUGAAUGGUUUAAUCAGAACUAAACCAAAAUUCA